UCUCUUAUUAAUCAGAAACGCUGAAUGGAAACCAAUCAGAUAGAGAGUUCCUUUAGCUUCAGCUUCCUGCCUGUCUGAGUUAAAAGUGAUGCUCGAGGAGAGAGACACACUGAGAUGCAUGAAGAUUCAGCUGUGAAGAUACUAUAAAAAGAGAAGCGAAGGAACGAGACAGAAGCAACAACCGGAUCGUCAGUGCUGAGCAGGGCGAAACUCAGUUCCAUUGAACAAGGAGAAACAGACGAUACGUUGAGUUUGACAUACUGCUGAAGCCGCGGAUAAUGAGGAAUUACCGUUGUCUACCAUUGUUCAUCUGGACUUGUAUGUUCCAUAUGGUUGAUACAACCCCAGUACAAGAAAAAGCUAACAGUCAUCUACCGAGCAAAAAGACAGCGGGUCUCACCACAGAUGACAACAAAAUGCUUCGUCGCACCAAGCGUGGCUGGAUGUGGAAUCAGUUCUUCUUGUUGGAAGAGUACACAGGUACAGACACACAAUAUGUAGGCAAGCUUCACACUGAUCAAGAUAAAGGAGAUGGAAAUUUAAAAUACAUAUUAACAGGAGACGGGGCUGGCAGUAUAUUUGUUAUAGAUGAAAAUACAGGAGACAUUCACGCUGCAAAGAAACUAGACAGAGAAGAAAAAUCCCUUUAUGUUCUUCGUGCCAAGGCUAUAGACAGAAAGACUGGGCGACAGGUGGAACCGGAGUCUGAAUUUAUCAUUAAAAUCCAUGAUAUCAAUGACAAUGAGCCAAAAUUCACAAAAGACUUGUACACUGCCAGUGUUCCUGAAAUGUCUGGAGUUGGUACAUCUGUUAUUCAAGUCACUGCCACAGAUGCAGACGAUGCGAACUACGGAAACAGUGCCAAGGUGGUCUACAGUAUAUUGCAAGGACAGCCAUAUUUUUCAGUGGACCCAGAAUCAGGCAUAAUAAAAACUGCAUUGCCAGACAUGAGCAGAGAAAAUAGAGAACAGUACCAGGUGGUCAUCCAGGCAAAAGACAUGGGUGGUCAGAUGGGAGGCUUAUCAGGGACCACCACCGUGAACAUCACGCUGACGGAUGUCAACAACAAUCCUCCUCGAUUCCCCCAGAGUACGUAUCAAUUUAAUUCUCCUGAGUCUGUACCUCUCGGAACCCAUCUUGGAAGGAUAAAAGCCUAUGACCCAGACGUGGGGGAAAAUGCUGAAAUGGAAUAUAGCGUUGCUGAAGGAGAUGGAGCAGAUAUGUUUGAUGUCAUCACUGACAAGGAUACACAGGAAGGGAUUAUAACUGUCAAACAGAAUUUAGAUUUUGAAAACAAAAUGUUGUACACUAUAAAAGUGGUUGCAAGUAACACUCAUCCUGAUCCACGAUUCUUACACCUGGGGCCUUUCAAGGACACUGCAGUGGUCAAAAUAUCAGUGGAAGAUAUAGAUGAGCCCCCUGUGUUCAGCAAAAUUUCUUACUUGAUGGAAGUGGAUGAAGACGUGAAGGAAGGCAGCAUUAUAGGACAGGUUACGGCAUAUGACCCAGAUGCCGUGAACAAUUUAAUAAAAUACUCUGUCGAUCGGCAUACUGAUAUGGACCGAAUUUUCAGUAUCUACUCAGAGAAUGGCUCUAUUUUCACUUUGAAGCCCCUUGACCGGGAAUCUUCCCCUUGGCACAAUAUCACCGUUACAGCCACAGAAAUGGAUAACCCAAAACAAAGUAGUCACAUUCCUGUCUUCAUCAGAAUUUUAGAUAUAAAUGACCAUGCUCCAGAAUUUGCCAUGUACUAUGAGACAUUUGUUUGUGAAAAUGCAAAACCUGGGCAGUUGAUUCAGACAGUCAGUGUCAUGGACAAAGACGACCCUCCUCGAGGCCACAAAUUCUUCUUUGAACCAGUGCCAGAAUUUCCUCUCAAUCCGAACUUCACCAUCGUAGACAACAAAGAUAAUACAGCGGGAAUCAUGACGCGAAAAGAUGGGUACAGCCGCAACAAAAUGAGCACCUAUCUCCUGCCGAUUUUAAUCUUUGACAAUGACUAUCCUAUCCAAAGCAGCACUGGCACGCUCACCAUCCGUGUGUGUGCCUGUGAUAAUCACGGAAACAUGCAGUCCUGCAACGCCGAGGCCCUGAUUCUCUCGGCGGGCCUGAGCACCGGGGCGCUCAUUGCUAUUCUCCUCUGUGUCAUCAUACUUCUCAUUUUAGUCGUGCUGUUUGCUGCACUAAAAAGGCAAAGAAAAAAGGAACCCCUCAUCAUUUCAAAAGACGAUGUCCGGGAUAACAUCGUGACCUACAAUGAUGAAGGCGGCGGGGAAGAAGAUACGCAAGCUUUUGACAUCGGCACGUUAAGGAAUCCAGAAGCAAGAGAAGACAGCAAACUUAGGCGGGAUGUAAUGCCUGAGACCAUUUUUCAGAUAAGGAGGACUGUGCCUCUGUGGGAAAAUAUUGAUGUACAAGAUUUUAUCCAUCGAAGACUAAAAGAAAACGACUCAGACCCAAGUGCACCGCCCUAUGAUUCUCUUGCGACGUACGCCUAUGAAGGGAAUGAUUCCAUAGCAGAUUCGCUCAGUUCUUUAGAAUCCCUCACAGCUGAUGGCAACCAAGAUUACGAUUACCUUAGCGACUGGGGACCUCGUUUUAAAAAACUUGCAGAUAUGUAUGGGGGUGACGACAGUGACCGCGACUAAGAGUAUUUUCUGACUUGACUGAAAUUAGUGGAGGUACUGUCCUUGUUACUAGAUCGAGUGGCCUGCAUUCUCUUCCUCGGGGGAAAUUUUUCACAACUCGAAAUGACAAACAAUACAUAGGUGUUGUCUUAGUAAGGGUUUGCUUAAUCAGUAAGUUUCUGUGAAUGAAUACAAAUGACAUAGAUUUUUAAAGCAGUAAUACUAACCAGUUCACCCUCUUUGCCUAACAAU